AUGUUGUAUUAUAGUUGGUUUUCACUAUCUCAUAUUUGGUUACAAUAUCCAGACGAGACAUUUUGGUUGUUAGAGGCUACCGAUAAAAACAGAGUCACUAACUACAUUUCAAAGACAAAAUGGGAAAAGAUGACGAUCAUCAUUCAGGAUCCAAAGAUCACAAAAAAGAUAAAGACCAUUCGCAUAAGGAUAAAAAAAAAGACGGUCAUCAUAGUCAUCACAAAUCGGGUUCAAAACAUGGUUCUGGCUCGUCGUCUUCUUCAUCAUCGGAUUCGGAUCAUAAAAAGAAGUAAUAGUCAUGUGACUAAUGACAAAGAACCAUUAACAAAUUUAUUCAUUUAG